AUGAUCUCCAACAUCGAUCAUCCCGGGAAUUUCCCCUUUCACACUCUCCUGGCGCCUACAGUACAUCAACGGAGAAAUUCACAUUCUUUAAGGUACUUUGUCUACUCUAGACACUACACUUAUGCCCACUUGACUGUGAAUAUUGAUCCUUCAACUCCACUUCGUUGCAGGGAUUCAGAUGCGUCACAGUGA